AUGCGCUCGAUUCAACAUGUCGGAAACGUAAUACAACGGGCAUAUGGCGCUGACGGGCUCACCGUCGCCUGCCAGGAUGGAAAGGCAGCAGGGCAAACUGUUCCCCAUGUCCACUUUCACCUCCUUCCUCGCAAGUUUCAAGGCGAUCGCUUUGCCAGCGAUAAGGAUGCGGUAUAUCCUGCUCUAGAACAUCAGGAAGGUUCGUUGCUUUCAGAACUUCAUGAAAGCAAAAAGCCGUUGCCGCUGAAGGUAGACGCAGACGAUGAUAGAGCUCCAAGGACAAUGGAGGAGAUGGUGGAAGAAGCGAGUUGGCUUCGAGGCUUUUUUGUGGAACAAGAAGAGUCGACAAGUUGA